AUGAAGGAUUCAGGACCUGGAGAGUGUGUGCCAUCAGUGUACGGCCUGGAUGUGACGGAUGUGUCAAGAUGGGAGGAGACGGUGGUGAAGCCUGCACUGCAGAUAGUGGACAGUCUCCGCAAGCAUGAGCAGCCCGCGGUCAACGCCAUCAGGAUGCAGGGGGCGGAGCCAGGAAACACACGCAGCCACCAUACCUGCCACCUGUGCCACAAAGUCAUCAUCGGAGACCUGGAGUGGGCCGCUCACCUCAAGUCCAAGAAGCAUCACUUCCAGGUGAGGAAGAAGAAGAGAACAAGUGAAUGCAAGGAGUCUCAGAGUAAGCCUUCAGCUCCUCCUUCAGUUCCUCCUUCAGCUCCUCCUUCAGCUCCUCCUUCAGUUCCUCCUUCAGCUCCUCCUUCAGUUCCUCCUUCAGCUCCUCCUUCAGUUCCUCCAACAGUUCCUCCAACAGUUCCUCCUUCAGUUUCUCCGUCAGAUGUUGAGAGUGAAACAAAACUCUCCACUCACACCACACACUAGCAAGCUGCUGGCACAUGGAAACAAGCACCAAGUCUUCUGCUGGCACAUGGAAACAAGCACCAAGUCUUCUGCUGGCACAUGGAAACAAGCACCAAGUCUUCUGCUGGCACAUGGAAACAAGCACCAAGUCUUCUGCUGGCACAUGGAAACAAGCACCAAGUCUUCUGCUGGCACAUGGAAACAAGCACCAAGUCUUCUGCUGGCACAUGGAAACAAGCACCAAGUCUUCUGCUGGCACAUGGAAACAAGCACCAAGUCUUCUGCUGGCACAUGGAAACAAGCACCAAGUCUUCUGCUGGCACAUGGAAACAAGCACCAAGUCUUCUGCUGGCACAUGGAAACAAGCACCAAGUCUUCUGCUGGCACAUGGAAACAAGCACCAAGUCUUCUGCUGGCACAUGGAAACAAGCACCAAGUCUUCUGCUGGCACAUUUAAAAAAGGACCUUAUCUUCACCAGACCAGGUUGUCAAUGAAAGUAUAUUGUUUAAAGGGUUCUUAAAGGCCUACUGAAAGCCACUACUAGCGACCACGCAGUCUGAUAGUUUAUAUAUCAAUGAUGACAUCUUAACAUUGCAACACAUGCCAAUACGGCCGGGUUAACUUAUAAAGUGACAUUUUAAAUUUCCCGGGAAAUAUUCUGCUGAAAACGUCUCUGUAUGAUGACGUCUGUGCGUGACGUCACGAAUUGUAGCGGACAUUUUGGGACAGCAUUGUGGCCAGCUAUUAAGCCGUCUCUUUUCAUGGCAAAAUUCCACAGUAUUCUGGACAUCUGUGUUGGUGAAUCUGUUGCAAUUUGUUUAAUGAACAAUGAAGAAAGCAAAGAAGAAAGCUGUAGGUGGGAAGCGGUGUAUUAGCGGCCGGCUGCAGCAACACAAACACGUAGCCGGUGUUUCAUUGUUUACAUUCCCGAAAGAUGACAGUCAAGCUUUACCAUUGGCCUGUGGAGAACUGGGACAACAGAGACUCUUACCAGGAAGACUUUGAGUUGGAUACGCAGACGCGGUACCGUGAGUACGCAGCUGCGGCUUCCAAACAUUUGAUCGCUUGCCCGUACGUGCGUGCCGCUAUGUGCAUGUCACGUACGUAACUUUGGGGAAAUAUAUGUGCUGUAUGAACUUUGCAGAGGUGAACGGUACUUUGGGCUGUGGGAUUGAGUGUGUUGUGCGGGUGUUUGAUUUGUAUUGGUGGGUUAUAUGGACGGGAGUGGGGAGGUGUUUGUUAUGUGGCAUAUUAAAUAUAAGCCUGGUUUUGUUGUGGCUAAUAGAGUAUAUAUAUGUCUUGUGUUUAUUUACUGUUGUAGUCAUUCCCAGCUGAAUAUCAGGUCCCACCCGCCUCUCACAGCAUCUUCCCUAUCUGAAUCGCUUCCACUGCCCUCUAGUCCUUCACUCUCACUUUCCUCAUCCACAAAUCUUUCAUCCUCGCUCAAAUUAAUGGGGUAAUCGUCGCUUUCUCAGUCCGAAUCGCUUUCGCUGCUGGUGGCCAUGAUUGUAAACAAUGUGCAGAUGUGAGGAGCUCCACAACCUGUGACGUCACGCUACUUCCGCUACAGGCAAGGCUUUUUUAUCAGCAACCAAAAGUUGCCAACUUUAUCGUCGAUGUUCUCUACUAAAUCCUUUCAGCAAAAAUAUGGCAAUAUCGCGAAAUGAUCAAGUAUGACACAUAGAAUGGAUCUGCUAUCCCCGUUUAAAUAAGAACAUCUCAUUUCAAUAGGCCUUUAAUACCAGGUCAAGUCCAGAUGAUGUCCGGGUCGGGCUCAGCAACGCACACCUUCAUUUAUGUACACUCAAACUAGGGAACACAACAUUUAUGUACACUCAAACAAGGGAACACAACAUGUAUGUACACUCAAACUAGGGAACACAACAUGUAUGUACACUCAAACUAGGGAACACAACAUGUAUGUACACUCAAACUAGGG